UGUCACAUAUGUAACAGACACAAUUUUUGUUGAUAAUUUCAUGUUAAAAUUUAGUUUGUGUUGUCUUAUUUAUCGUGAAUAAUUAUAAACAUUUGUUAGUUCAUAAUAAAUUACAAAAAAUGGUUCCACCAAAAACAAUUCUCGAAAUCGUGUCAUUUAUAGACAUGUUUUCCGUUGGUCUUAUAAUGCCUCAACUUGGAAAUUUUGCAAUCAAAUUGGGAUGUAACCAACUUCAAAUUGGAACUAUGGGUGCUCUGUACUCAGCGUUCCAAUUGAUAUCGGGACCGAUGAUAGGAACUUGGAGUGACUUGAAAGGCAGAAAACCGACACUAAUAUUGUCUCUGGUUUUAUGUGCAUUUGCUUACGUAGUGUUAGGAUUUACAACUACAAUUCUUACAUUUUUUGCAGUAAGAUCAUUUCUAGGUAUUGUAAAACAAACACAAUUAUUGGUUAAAGCAUUGGCACCAGAUUAUGAGAUAGAUUCAUCCGAACAAGCUGCAGUAUUUGGAAAAUUAGCAGCACUAUCUAGUGUGGGAAUGUCUUUGGGACCGAUAAUUGGUGGUCAUAUUAUGGAAGUCUAUCCUGAAAAUGGAUUCACUGUAAUAACUUGUUGCAGUGGACUUUUAUUUAUUGUAAAUGCUAGUCUUAUUAUAUGUCUACCAGAUACAAAUAAAGAGAAAGAGGAAAAUAAAAAAGAUAACCGUAAAGUGGCACCUUGUAUAUUAAAAUCUGUUAUAAACAGCGUCAAGGAAUCUGUGGAAGAAUUUUACAAAGUAGAUUGGUCUAUUUAUUGGGAUGUCUUUCUAUUCAAAUUACUAAUAACGUUAUGUAUGGGAACGUAUUUUGGUAGUUACGGAAUAUUCUUGAAGAAAAUACAUGCUGCAUCUCCAAAAUAUUUGGGAUACAUUAUAGCAUUUCAAGGUGGUAUAGGUGCAUUAUGUACUUAUUUCAUCGGACAUAUCAAUCAAUUAUAUAAAAACGACAAAGAUUUCAGUAAAAGACUGUAUCACAUAUUUACUGUACUAACGUUGGGUUUACUAGGUAUGGCUUUAGCACCAAAUUUAUUGUGUUAUGUAGUGUUCACAAUACCACUCGCGUUAAGUGGUGCUAUGGGGAGAAUAAUAGGGUUGGAAAUGAUAAUGAACAAAGGAGAGAGUGACCGUAGAGGUGCAUUGAUUGGGGCUACCAGUAGUGUAAGAUCACUCUCUGGAGUUGUUACGCCGAUGUUUGUCGGUAUAAUUGGUGAAUAUUUAGGCAUACAGUAUGUAUUGUAUUUUGCUGCUUUAUUCGCAGUAAUGGGCAUAUUGACAUCCUAUAUUAUAGGAUCUCAAACUGUAUUAAAAAACAAGGCAGACUAAAAUGUUCAAUUACGUAUAUCUUCUUAAUGGUAAUUUAUUUGCUCAUUGUGAUAUUAAUAUUAUGAACUGUUAAAUAAAAUCUACUAUCAAA